AUUAAUAAAACAAUGUCUUCGAAGGUGCAAACUGUAUUAGGAGACGUGAGUCCAGCGGUUUUAGGUCGCACCCUGACCCAUGAACAUCUGGCUAUGAACUUCGAGCAUUUCUACAGAGAACCGCCAUCUACACUAGCUGGCAAAUUCCAAGCUCCAAGCUUAGAACUCCAUAGAAUAGGCUACGUGAGACAAUACCCGUACAGCUUGAGGUACAAUUUGCAGUUAGAUGAUGAUGCAGCCCAAAGUGCCGUCACCGAUGACGUCAUCGAAUACAAAAGUGCUGGAGGAGGUACCAUAGUAGAAAACACAACGGAAGGCCUGAACCGGGAUAUAAAGUUUUACCAGAACGUGUCAAGAGCUAGCAACGUCCACAUCGUUGCUGGAACGGGCCAUUACAUAGCAGACUUGCAGAGUGGAGAUACCCUGCAAAAAUCUACUGAAGAUGUCUACAAUCACAUGCUGCAGGAGCUGACGAAGGGCUGUGUGAAUUUUGAAGGAGUCAAGGCUGGUUUCAUGGGAGAGAUUGCUAGCGUCUGGCCAUUGAGAGAUUUUGAACGCAAGGCAAUAAAGGCUGCUGGGGAAUUGCAGCCGCAGCUGAAAUGUGGCGUGAGCUUCCAUCCUCACCGGAAUAAGGAAGCGCCCUUCGAAAUCAUCCGUCUUUACUUGGAGGCAGGAGGCUCCGCAGACAAAGUCGUCAUGUCGCAUUUGGAUCGUACAUUAGUAGAAGACGACAUUUUAUUGGAAUUUUCUCAGCUCGGCACAUAUUGCCAGUUUGAUUUGUUCGGAACCGAAGUGUCCUACUACCAACUUGAGGUCACAACAGACAUGCUGAGCGACGCCCAAAGAAUACAAAAGAUGGCAGCACUUGUGAAGGAGGGCAGAGGAAACAGGAUACUGAUGUCCCACGACAUUCAUACGAAGCACCGACUGACUAAAUUUGGCGGCCACGGCUACGCACACAUUAUCAACAAUGUGCUACCAAAGAUGAAAUCUAAGGGAUUCUCUCAAGAACUAAUAGAUAUGAUUACGACUGAAAACCCAGCGCGAUGGUUGGCGAUUGAAAACUAAAUCACUACAUA